CAACCCAACUCUGAACUCUGUUGACGUCACGAAGUCGCCCGCUCAAGUCAUUGAAAUUAGCUCACACAGAAAGUUGUUUUUUCCCAGCGAAAAGCAAGCAGGAAAAUAAUAGCUCACGUCAUCGUUCCGUCUCUUGGAGUGCUCAUGGUGCAACAUUAAAAUUAGUCAUACGUGCGUGUGUAGUCAUUAUAGUUACAAAUUUUGGAGACAUUAGCUGUUCGCUCAGUGUUUUAAAAGUUCGGCACCGAUAAAGUUGACUAAAAAUGAAUCCGUGGCAGCAAGGCCAAGGAUACCCGCAACAGCAAUACCUCCAUAAUAUUGGAUUUAGCAACACAGCCCCACAGUCUUUUGGGAACCCGUUACCAAUGCCAGGGUUUCCCACCAUGGGAUACCCAGCACCUCAGCCUGGCGGUGGUCCAGGGUACCCUCAGGUAUCACAGGGUUAUCCUCAACAAAGCUCGGGGUAUCCAACAAGUCAGGGUUAUCCAAACACUGCUCAAGGGUACCCAUCUCAGGGUAGCCAGGGUUAUCCUGCUCAAGGGGGCUAUCCCCAGGCCCCAGAGGGCUAUCCUCCUGCUCAAGGGGGCUAUCCCCAGCAAGCUCAAAGCGGAUACCCUCAUGGGAAUGCCCAAGCUGGCUACCCCCAAACUAACCAAUACCAGGGUUAUCCGCAACAUAAUCAGUCACAAAGUCAUAGUCAACAAGCUUACAGUGUAUCAUCCGUGCCUGAAACAGCACAGACGAAACCAACCGUAGUGCCCGCGAAUCCCUUCGACCCUCGCGAAGAUGCCGCCGUCCUCAGGAAGGCCAUGAAAGGCUUCGGCACAGACGAGAAGUCCAUCAUCCACGUCCUGUCCAGACGCACCAACGAACAGCGUCUCAGAAUCGCCUUCGAGUUCAAGACUUUAUAUGGAAAGGAUCUCGUGUCAGACUUGAAGAGUGAAACAAGUGGCAAGUUUGAGGAUCUGUUGGUCGCGCUGAUGACUCCACUGCCGCAGUUCUACGCGAAGGAACUACAUGAUGCCAUCGCGGGAAUCGGAACUGACGAGGACGUGCUCAUCGAGGUCAUGUGCACCAUGUCCAACCACGAGAUCAAUGUCAUCAAACAAGCUUAUACUGCAAUGUACGGAACUCUCUUAGAAGACGACCUGCGUGGUGAUACAUCUGGCAACUUCAAGAGGCUCAUGACUUCUCUUUCCAUGGGUAAUAGAUCUGAAGACUUCCAUGUAGAUCAAGAAAAGGCGCGAGAAGAUGCCAGAAGUUUACUUCAAGCUGGUGAGCUUCGCCUCGGUACAGACGAAUCCGUCUUCAACGCAGUGCUCUGCUCCCGCUCGUUCCCGCAGCUGAAGGCUAUAUUCAACGAGUACCAGUUCCUCACAGGACAUGAUAUUGAUGAUGCCAUCAAGGCUGAGUUCUCCGGUGACCUUGAGAAGGCGUUGAGAGCUAUCGUUAAAAUCGUCCGCAACAAGCCACUGUUCUUCGCGGAGCGCCUCCACAAGUCGAUGAAGGGCCUCGGCACUAACGACCGCCAGCUCAUCCGCGUCAUGGUCACGCGCAGCGAGAUCGACCUCGGAGAUAUCUCGGACAUGUUCCAGACUAAGUACGGAGAGACACUGCAAAGCUGGAUAGAGGGCGACUGCUCCGGCCACUACAAGAAAUGCCUCCUGGGUCUGCUUGGCCUGUACUAACCACAAUGCUUACAUCGCUUCAACACGAAGUACAUAAUACAUAUACAAUAAGUUUCAUUCAUUAUUAUUAGUCUCCGUUAUUUGAUAUUAUUACGUCAUCACGUAGUUUAAGUACGUCUGAAGUAUCUCAAUGUUUUUGGUGUAAGUUUUCUAUUGUCUAAAUGUAUUUUACUAAAUGUUACUACUGUGUGAAAGUAAGAGCGUCUUUAUUGCUGUAGUGAUAAGGUUGGUUUUUGUUACUCAUUAAUAUUGGAACCAUUUAUGUUAAGAUUGAAAUUAUCUCUAUUAUUGACAGAAGUGAGCUAGCAGACAUGUAACAAAUUUUAACCUUAAAAAAAUAUAAUGGCUAUCUUCUACAGGGCCUUUAUACGUGCAACUUACUAAUUUCAUCUGACCUAUAAUAUAUACUGUAGCAAGAAAUGCACUGAAAACAUUUUUAAGCCGUUGCGAUAUACAAAUUAUUCUAUAAAGUAAUAUAUUAUUAUAUCUUAAACGACAAAAUAGAUCUUAAGCAAACAUCUUAUGUCUACUGAUCUUCAUUUUAUUACUAUAGAGUUGUUGCAUUUUUGUAUUUAUUUAAAGAUACAAAAAAUCUAAUGUCAUUUAUGUCAUAUUCCAUGUAAGCCGUCCGCGCGAUCUGGUAACGAAAAUCUCGUUAGUUUUAUCAAAAAGUAUUUUUUUUUAUACUGGUCUUUAAUUUUAAAAAUACAUACAAAUUAUAUUUAUUAAAAAUUAUUAUUUUAUUAUACACAUUUUAAUGGCUUUUAGCUAUUGCGUGCCUAAGGCAAAUAAAUGUAAGCUGGGAUCGAAAUGCCCCAAUUAACAAAAUAAAAUUAACUAAAAUUAUGAUUAAUUAUUGGGUCUAAAGUAUGUGAAUUUCAUAAAAUUGGAGGAACGAGAUCUUAUGAAUUUUGAUAAAUUAACUAAAUUCGAAUACUAAUGUUAAGAAAUUAAAAACUAAAAAAAUAAAAUUAAGCUAGACUGAUAAAGCAAAACUUUGGCAAUCACUCUUAUAAAAAAAUACAAAAUUAUUCCAAUGUCGGAAUUAGAUCAUAUUUUCAUCAUUCUCAUAUAUUUUUGUUCUAAGAGCCCAAUGUUUGUCAGCAUUUACGUAUAAAUACUAUAAAAUACUUGUUUAACUUAUCUUCAAUAUAAUUAAAACAAUUUUAUUAUUUACACCCUUUUUAAGUUGUCUUAUUUCAAUAAGUAUAACUUUUCAUACCACCAACCUAUAUUAAAAUAGAAAUAUAAUUACAUUACAACACUUU